AUCUCCUACGAAACCCUAAACCUCCACACCUUCAACUGAAGUGUCAUCAUCGCCCAGUUUCUCCUCAGCCAAGCAGCAGUAUAUCUGAGGUGAUAGAAUCGAAUUGAAGUUUCUACUCUGAAAGAAAUGGCUCUGGUUCUGCACUCUUUCCCUGACAACAAAAAUGCAUUCAAGGCACGUAUUGCUGCUGAGUAUAGUGGUGUAAAACUGGAACUGACAAAUGAUUUUGUUAUGGGUGUGACAAACAAGACCCCUGAGUUUCUUAAGAUGAACCCCCUUGGAAAGGUUCCUGUGCUUGAAACUCCUGAUGGAGCUGUAUUUGAGAGUAAUGCUAUUGCUCGUUAUGUUGCCAAGCUGAAGAAUGACAAUCCACUUUUUGGUUCUUCACUGAUUGAAUAUGCCCGUAUUGAGCAAUGGAUGGACUUUUCUGCUACGGAAAUUGAUGCUAAUCUUGCAAGGUGGUUGUACCCACGACUUGGAUUUUAUCCAUAUUUGCAACCGAGUGAAGAAAUUGCGAUCUCUGCGCUGAAGAGGGCACUUGAUGCUUUGAACACUCAUCUUGCCUCUAACACAUACCUUGUUGGGCAUUCGGUGACACUUGCUGACAUUGUUAUGACCUGUAACCUUAGCGUUGGAUAUAGGUUUAUCCUGACAAAGAGCUUUACCAAGGACUUCCCACAUGUGGAGAGAUAUUUCUGGACAAUGGUUAAUCAGCCAAAUUUUGCCAAGAUAUUGGGUGAGAUUGAGCAAGCAGCAACCAUUCCUGCUGUACCAUCCAAGAAACCUGCACAGCCAAAGGAACCUGCAAAACCAAAAAAGGAGGAGCCUAAGAAAGAGGCUAAGAAGGAAGAGCCUAAGCCUAAGGAAGAGGCUGAGGAAGAAGAAGCACCCAAGCCAAAACCAAAAAAUCCCCUCGAUCUCUUGCCACCUAGCAAGAUGGUUCUUGAUGAGUGGAAGAGGUUGUACUCUAACACUAAGACCAACUUCCGUGAAGUUGCCAUCAAAGGUUUCUGGGAGAUGUAUGAUCCGGAGGGAUACUCUCUGUGGUUCUGCGACUACAAGUACAACGAGGAGAACAGUGUUUCCUUUGUGACCUUGAACAAGGUGGGUGGGUUCUUGCAGAGAAUGGAUCUGGCACGCAAGUACGCCUUUGGCAAGAUGUUGGUGGUUGGAUCAGAAGCCCCCUUCAAGGUGAAGGGUCUAUGGCUUUUCCGCGGGAAAGAAAUCCCCAAGUUUAUCAUGGACGAAGUGUAUGACAUGGAACUGUAUGACUGGAAGGAGGUUGACAUUAACGAUGAAGCUCAGAAGGAGCGUGUGAACCAGAUGAUUGAGGAUCAAGAGCCUUUUGAAGGUGAGGCUCUCCUGGAUGCCAAAUGCUUCAAGUAAACUAUCCUUUUUUCAGUCACUUCCGUAGCCUAUAUACUCUCGUACGAAUUUUUGAAUUUCCCCUCUUUUUGAACAAUGUUUUUUUAAAAAAAAAACUACUUUGAGUUUGCCCUCGUGCAGUGCGAUAUGGCGUGUUUGAACUUAAGAAGUUGAAUUUCAUGUGAUUAUUGUUGGUGUUCCUUUGUUGGGACAUUCUGAUGUUUGGAUUACUGUCUACAACACGGUCUGUCGGGUUCAGUUAUGGAUGUUUGUUUUCGGGUUAUGGCAAUUGGCAAAUCCUUUUGG